UUCUGCCUCGCUCCUUGCUAUACGCUUCCUUAAUUCUGUCGACUCCUUGAAAAGAGAAAUCUUGUACAACCAUCAGCCAUGGCUAUGGAAAAGAAACCUCAUCGUCGCUUGUGUAGGAGACAGAAGCACCUUCUUCAGGUACCCAUCGGAGUCUCUUUCAGGCAACAGCAUCUUCAGCGAACCAUGUUGUACGCUUUCCGGCGCGUGAAGGGGGAAGCUACGAAGAAGGAGAUGAAGUCCCAAGGGAAAGAAAGAGUGGAACUGACAGAGCUGGAAGCGAGGUUCAUACAGCUUGAAGCGAGGUUCACAGAGCUUGAAGCGAGGUUCACAGAGCUUGAAGCGAGGUUCACACAGCUGAGGGCAGAGAGCGGGCACGCGCUGGAAGAGAGUUCGUGGACACAGCUUGAAGCGAGAAUAGGGGAGAAAAAGGGUUUAGAAGUUCAUCCAUGCGUUGGGCUUUGUGGAAUUUAUGUACAUUCAAGUCCCACAAGCAAAAGCCCAAUAGCUCAUCCUAACCGUACACCUGAAGCAGAGCCACCAGCCAAUUACAGGAAACCCCAUGAAGUAAAGUUUCCAGCUUUACACCAUCUUCUUCUCCAUUAUGCACUGGUUCACCAUUUACAUCAAAAUUACCCCUUCCGUUGUUAGAUAUCUGUUAUUCACUAACGCCAUGCCUAUGGCAUGGCCUCUUCCUCUGUUAAGAAAGAAGCAGAUUGGUU